CUGCUGCAGGACUACCAACGGCCGGCAACCAUCGCGGACUUCGUAGCGGAGGUGGGCGUGGACCCCGCCCUCGGACUCUCGAGAGACGACGCCAUGACGCGGCGCGCGCUGUACGGCGCCAACCGCGUGACGCCGCCCGUCAACUGCCCGUCCUGGGUCUGCUGCCUGCUGCCGUGCCUCAUGCGCACGGCCUCCAUGCAGGCCUAUCAGGAGGCGCUGCCUCGCGAGUCGACGGUGCGUCGUCGAGUGGCUGCAGCGCAGGGCCAACCGGCCACGCGACGCAUGAGGAUGGACGCCAUGAGUCUCGUGUACGGGGACGUGGUGGAGCUCAAGGCUGGGGACGUGGCGGGCGCCGACCUGCGCGUCGUCGAGUGCUCGGACGACUGCGUGCUGGACCAGUCGACGCUGGUGGGCGACGACGGGGAGGACGAGGAGGCUGGCCAGGGAGGCGGCAGGAAGCACGUCACGACGGACACACCGCCCGCGCAUCUCCACCAGGACCCGCUUCACUGUGGCAACAUUGUCCCGAUGACGGCGAGCGUCCUGCAGGGCAAAGCUGUAGCUGUGGUGGUCUCAACGGGGGAUCGCACGCUGUGGGGGCGUCUAGUUACGCACCACGAGUGGCCGCCAGCCCCAGGAAGCGUGUUGAGGAAGAAGGUGGAGAAAGGAGACGAAGCGGAACAUACCAGCUUGAUCGUAUAG